GCAGCGGCAGCAGUUCACCACUCCGGUGACUGCGGUGGCAGCCCAGUGUGCCUCCAGCUCGUGUGACGUAAGGACGCAGCUCCCUACAUACCGCAACUCGCCGCGUCCACACCCUAUGCCUAGCCGCAGUCACGCCUGUGCCCUCGUCCUCGCUCUGGACCCUGUAAGACUAGCAUCCGGAAGGGAGCGCCAAGGGAAGUAAAGGGAGACCACUGACCAAGCGGGGAAGCCAAUCACCGCGAACAGGUUAAAACUGCAGUUAGAGUAAGAGACCAGGUAGAGGCUCGAGCGCUGGCUGGCCUGUCAUGGUCCGAAGGCGAUCGUGAGGUGGAGUCGGCUGGAGUCCGGGCGGCGGGCGCGAGGAGCCGAGUGAGCGAGGCCGAGCGAGCCGCGACCCGAGGCGGAGGACGUGGAUGGUGUGCGGGUGCCCGAGCGUGUCGGCACGGACUGGCCAGGCGGACCGAGUUGUGUGUCAGUGGAUGGCAGUGUCAGCCCCUGGAGUGGUGAUGUGUUCCCAGGGCCACAUGCUCUUGUCCGCCGCCGCCGCCGCUGCCGCCACCGCUACAGCCACCGCCACCACUAACGUUGCCGCUGCCGCCUCUGUAACCAACGCCGCUGCCACCAUCUCCUGCAUCACCAGCACUGCCAUCGCCAACGUCACUGCUACCGCUGCUGCCACCGCCAGAAUCACUACUACCGCCGUCGCCGCCACCUUGCCAAUCGUCGCCGUAUAUACAUUUCUCGCUGCCAACACUGCCACCAAAAGCAGCAUUGUGGGCGCGGUGGUAGAGCGGGCGGUGAGGUUAUCGCUGGUGUUAUCUUGCGUCUUCACCACAUCUUGAGGCCGAGAAGGGGAGGGACUCGUCGAGACCGCCACUAGGAGUAUAUCUUUCAUUGCCAACUAGCUGCUAAGGUGUUUGUAAAUAUACUAGUAUACUAACGCUACAACUACUACCACUAUCACAACUACUACCACAGCUGUUAUUAUUAUCGAUAUCAUUUAUUAUUAUUAUCUUUAUUAUCUUUAUUAUCUUUAUUAUCUUUAUUAUCUUUAUUAUCUUCUCUGUAACUCUCAUCAGUACUGCUAUUACUUUAACAAGUAGAGACAGGCAAUUUUCUAAUUUUCUACUGCAACUUUUUCAUAAGCUGUUGGAAUGUGAUUACUAAGUGCCCUCUAUGAAGUGCCUGUAUCUUAUUGCAUUCAUGAUUCUCCCUUGUUUGUAAUGCCUAAGUGAACUCGGUAGAAUUAUUUUCGGAAAGGAAAGAGGAAAAGGAAAGGGAAAGAGAGAAAGAAAGCAAAGAGAUACCUCGGGUGAGCUUCGGUGUUUCCAUGCGGUCACGGAAAGAGAAUUUCGCCCCGGCAGGACCAGCGGCCUGUCGCCUGUGUGCCAUGGUGUAGUGAUUGCUGUGACUUUCGAGUUAACCCCGCCCCUCUGGAAAGGUCUUGGUUCAUUCUUUUUAUCAGCUUUUUUGAGUUCUUACGUUGAUUGUGUUCUUUGUCAUAGUUCUUUGACGAUAUUAUUAUAGACUCUCCAAGUAGCCACUCUUGUGUUCAGCCUCAGCACCUUCCUAACCGAUAGUCUGUGGAAAAUGUACGCAUGAACGCAAAUGAAACUUUUAUGAGGACAUCAGUUUUUGUGUGACGAGUUAAAUUCAUUACUAAAGUAUAGAAAGAUAUUAAAAUUCUCCCUUAGGAAAAAAGAAGAAGUGAGAAUUGGAUUUUCGUAUCCCACUGUCAUUUGAAUGCAGAAGAGAAGAAAGAAAAUUAUAGAGAAAAAAACCGAGUAAAUAAAUCGCGGAAGAUUAAAAAAAAAAA